AGUUUUCUUGAUGUCUAGAAUUACAAAUAAAUCUAUUGGAAUGAUUCCUGAAUUAAAAACUGAAUUGAAUACACUUGAAAAUUUGGAAUAUGUGACGGCAAGCCUACAUACGAAAAUAAAGCAGUCUACAGUGAAACAGACCACGUGUUUUCAAGAUUAUGAUGAUCUCAUCAAGCUGCAAAUUGAAAAUAUUAAACUUAAACACCGGUUCGCAAGAAUCAUAAAAUCAAUAACUGAAGAGCAAGAUACAAAUUUUAAAAUGCAAGAAGGUAAUAUUCCUUCCAUUACGGGGUAUUUGGAAAAAGUUUUUACAAAAGCAAUUGCGAAUGCAUAUCCCCGUUUUUGUAACGUUCCAACUAUUAUUGCGGCUGUGAAUGUGUCGUCAAAAUUCGGAGACUACCAGUGUAAUAACGCUAUGGGACUUGCCAAGAAAAUGAAGGAACAAGGAAUUAUAAAAACUCCACGAGAUAUUGCUCUAGAUAUUCAAAAGUUUGUUCCAGAGUCCUCAAUAAUAGAGAAAGUAGAAGUUUCAAGUGCUGGCUUUAUCAACAUUUUUAUCAGCAAGAAACUUGCUGUGCUUUCUUUAACAAACAUAUUGCGGUAUGGCAUUCAGCCACCAAAGGUUCCAAAAACACGCGUAUUAGUUGACUUUUCUUCUCCAAACAUCGCAAAACAAAUGCAUGUCGGUCACUUACGUUCCACCAUAAUUGGGGAGUCAAUCUGCAGGCUUCUUGAAUUUCUACAACAUGAUGUAAUUCGCAUCAAUCAUCUCGGGGAUUGGGGAACGCAGUUUGGUAUGCUUAUAGCUCAUCUAGAAGAUCGUUUUCCAAAUUUUCAAAACGAGAGUCCACCAAUUGGAGAUCUUCAAGAAUUUUACAAAGAAUCUAAAAAACGGUAAGUGUUAUAACAAUUAUUUUAAAAUUUGGU